AUGCAGAAAACCACUCUUUUCCUCUCACUCCUCCUCCACUUUUUCUCAACCGUUACCUCAAAAUCAACGAUCGAACCAUGCACAAACUCCGACACAUGCAACGCUUUACUCGGUUACACACUCUACACAGACCUCAAAGUCUCCGAAGUUUCAUCUCUCUUCCAAAUCGACCCUAUCUCUCUCCUAACCGCCAAUGCCAUUGACAUCUCUUACCCCGACGUAGAACACCACAUCCUCCCUUCAAAACUCUUCCUCAAAAUCCCAAUCUCGUGUUCAUGUGUUGACGGGAUUCGCAAAUCCGUUUCAACCAACUACAAAAUUCGUCCUUCUGAUACUCUUUCCACCAUUGCUGACUCUGUUUACGGUGGUUUGGUUUCCUCUGACCAGCUUAAAGAGGCUAAUUCUAUUUCUGAUCCUUCUGUUCUUGAUGUGGGACAGAACCUUGUUGUUCCUCUUCCUUGUACUUGUUUCAAUGGCUCUGAUAAUGCUUUGCCUGCUAUUUAUCUGUCUUAUGUUGUUCAGCCACUUGAUAGUUUGAGUUAUAUUGCUGCUAGAUAUUUUACUACUCUUACUGAUUUGAUGAAUGUUAAUGCUAUGGGGACUACUUCUAUCUCUGAUGGUGAUAUUCUUGCUAUCCCUAUUCCGGCCUGUGCUUCAAAUUUUCCGAAAUAUGCUUCUGAUUUCGGUUUGCUUGUCCCUAAUGGAAGUUAUGCCAUUACAGCUGGUCACUGUGUGCAAUGUAGCUGUGGACCCCGAAACCUAAAUUUGUACUGUAUGCCGGCUUCUCUAGCUGUUUCUUGCUCCAGCAUGCAAUGUAAAAGCAGCAAUCUUAUGCUUGGCAAUGUUACCGUGCAACAGACUAGCGGUGGUUGUAAUGUGACUUCUUGCAGUUAUGAUGGUCUUGUUAAUGGCACCAUAGCGACAACGUUGACCCCGUCUCUUCAGCCUCGAUGCCCAGGGACACAGGAGUUUCCUCCUCUUAUCGCCCCACCUACAACUGUUGCGAGAGAAUCAAUAUUUGCACCGGCACCCUCACCAUCAUCGCUGUUAGAUGGAACUGAUGGGAGAUCGCCCAAAUCCUCUGUGGUGCCUUCAACAGGAUUUACUCCCGCUAAUGGCCCUGUUAGUGGAAUUUCUUCUGGUGCUUCUGCCGCAUGCUCCUUGGUGAAACCAUUACCCACUUUGACGGUUCCACUUGUGUUAUUACUUGUCAAGUUAAUGAUCCCCUUAGCAUUGUAA